UGUGGCAGAUUAGAGGGGCGUGGUAGACACCCUAAGAGAAGAAGUGAAGAUGCUGAGAGUACUACGUGUUUGUCAGCCUAUACUGACUAGAUCAAGGCCUAUUCUGGGCUCUAUUACAAGGUUCUAUCAUGGCGAGGAGAUGGCAAGUCAGAUUGGAACACCUCUGGAGAUGAGAGAUGAAGUUAAACGGAACAUAGAGCUCAUGAAAGAGCAAGUCACUCAACUGAAGUCACUAAUCGGCACCAUUAAACAAGGAGGCACUCCAUCAGACAUAGAGAGGCAUUUGAAACAAGGAAAGAUCCUUCCGAGGGAGCGCAUCAAUAAAUUGCUUGAUCCUGGCUCUCCGUUCCUCGAGCUCUCACAACUUGCAGCCUACAAUGUGUACGAGAACGAUAACGGACAACCAGAUGACGUCCCUGCAGCUGGACUCAUCACUGGAAUCGGCCGAGUAUCUGGAAUCGAGUGCAUGGUGAUUGCAAAUGAUGCAACAGUGAAGGGAGGUUCUUACUAUCCGAUGACAGUGAAGAAGCAGAUUAGAGCUCAAGAAAUUGCAGAGGAGAAUCGUCUACCCUGUGUGUACCUCGUUGACUCGGGUGGAGCUAUGCUGAAACACCAACGUGAUGUAUUCCCCGAUCGAGACCAUUUCGGACGACUUUUCUACAACCAAGCAAACAUGUCUUCAAUGGGUAUACCCCAAAUAGCCGUUGUCCUUGGUUCGUGCACGGCUGGUGGAGCCUAUGUCCCAGCAAUGGCGGAUGAGAGCAUCAUUGUCAAACAACAAGGCACCAUAUUUUUGGCUGGACCACCACUGGUAAAGGCAGCAAUACAGGAAGAAAUUAGUGCGGAAGAUCUCGGAGGAGCGGACGUUCACUGUAAAAUAUCUGGAGUGGCUGAUCACUAUGCAUUGGAUGAACAACACGCACUGUACCUAGCUAGGAGAUGUAUCAGCCAUUUGAACUACAUCAAGAAACCGACCAUCACAAUUGAGGCCCCCGAGGACCCUCUCUACCCCAUUGAAGAUCUGUACGGAGUUGUCCCCGUGAACCCGAAGCAACAAUACGAUGUGAGGGAAGUCAUUGCUCGACUGGUUGAUGGUAGCCGUUUCAGUGAAUUCAAAGAAGAAUACGGAUCUUCUUUGGUAACUGGUUUUGCCCGUUUGCACGGCUACCCCGUUGGUUUUGUGGCUAAUAAUGGUAUUCUGGACUCACCCUCGGCUUUGAAAGGAACACAUUUCAUCGAGAUUUGCUGUCAGAGAAAGAUUCCACUCAUUUUCCUUCAAAACACGACUGGAUUUGUUGUCGGGAAAGACGCUGAACAUGGUGGUAUAGCUAAGAACGGAGCCAAGAUGGUGACUGCUGUAGCAUGCGCUCAAGUGCCUAAGAUCACUCUCAUGAUUGGCGGAAGUUUUGGAGCCGGUAACUACGGUAUGUGCGGACGAGCUUACAGCCCCAGGUUUCUGUAUAUGUGGCCCAACGCUCGUAUCUCAGUGAUGGGAGGAGAACAAGCUGCUCUCGUACUAUCCUCGUUACAAGUCGCUAAACUGGCCAGGAAAGGUCAUAAGGUCACUCCGGAAGAAUUGGAAGCUAUGAAGAAACCGAUUAUUGACAUGUACGAGAGAGAGGGCCACCCGUACUUCUCGAGUGGUCGGCUGUGGGACGAUGGAGUUAUUGAUCCAGCGGAUACACGGAGAGUGUUGGCCAUGAGCAUCAGUGCUGCUCUCAACGCUCCCAUCACUGACACUCAGUUUGGUGUGUUUAGAAUGUAAACAGGUUUUUUGUAUAAUUAUAGAAAUGGCUAUCUUUAUUGUAUUGAUGUGUGUAGUCUGAUUUAUGCUCAUUAAAUAUUCAUGAUUGUGAUAAUUAUUGA